CGUGUGCUGCCCAAGACUCAGCGGCUCUCGCCGUCGAGAAUCGCCGGCGCAACCGGGUGCAAGAGCGCUGUUAUCGUUAUCGAACAGCUCUCUGACAUCGCUACUGCACGCUGCCUUGACGGCUUGCAACAACUCGCCGCGCACGGCUCAAAUUCGACACGGUUCAACACCCUGUUGCAGUUGUGAGGUGGCAGAAAGCGACGCCGAAGCGUAAAAUUAGACGCCAGCAGCGCGGCUUUACGUCGUAGCCAUGCUCCGAGCAUCAAGGCUCCUGCGCGUGGAACUGAGACUAGGCGCGGCAAGACGCCGCCUCAGCCUCGCCUACAGCCCGCCGCUGACGGGCGCCGACUACCUGCACACGCCCAAGUUCUGGACCGGUUUGGAGCCUCAAAAUACACCAGGCUUCGACGCCGAAAGGAACUGCCUCGCGUCGCUCAAAGCCCCGGACCUACGAGAACGAGGCCCCAAACUCCGCGACACCCUCGAGGACUACUUCGAGAACGGCUGGGCGUUGACGGAGGUCCUCUUCUCCUCGCUGCGAGGGCCAGAAGCGUAUUACAGACCACCAGCACAUGGCCUAAGGCACCCGCUCGUCUUUUACUACGGACACCCCGCCGCACUGGCGGUCAAUAAGUUAAGGGUGGCCGGCGCUCUCACAAAAGGUCUGUGUGAUGACUUCGACGUCUUGUUCGAGACGGGCGUCGACGAGAUGUCCUGGGACGAUCUCGACACGCCGUCGACGAGAUGGCCCGAAUUGCAAGAAGUGAGAGAAUACCGUUCCAAAGCUCGCGACUUGGUCUUGGACGUGAUCCGGAACCACCCCGCGCUCGAUGAACCCAUCUCUAGUAAGGAAGCGACGGACUCGAAGUUUGUGGUGUGGAGCCUGGGCAUGAUUUGUGAACACGAGCGCAUCCAUUUGGAGACGUCGACGACGCUGAUGCGGGAGCUGCCUAUUGACGACGUGUCGAGGCCGUCGUAUUGGCCGCCGGACCACCCUUCCGUUACUGCAGAGACGUCUGUGGCUCCUGUGGAGCUCGUCUCAGUGAAUGGUGGCUCGAUCGAGCUGGGGAAACCGAGGACGCACUCUACCUACUCCUGGGACAACGAGUACGGGUCUCGGGUGAUCGAGGCGCGACCGUUCAAGGCGUCGCGGACGCAGGUGACGAACGGGCAGUACCUCGACUUUGUGAAGGCCGGCGGCUACGCUUCGCCGGAACACUGGAGCGAGGACGGCUGGGCCUGGCGGUCGUUCCGCAACACGAAGUGGCCCCACUUCUGGGAAAGGACCGGUCCCCAAGGCGUGCACGAGUACGCGCUGCGGCUGCCGUUCGACGAGGUGCCGUUACCUCUGGACCUCCCGGCCGAGGUGAACAAGCACGAAGCCCACGCCUAUGCGAAGUGGCUGUCUUCGGAAAAGGGCCAAAGCUUACGCCUCCCGACGGAGUGCGAGUACCACCUGAUGUUGGAAGCCAAUAACGGCUGCACGCUAGCCAAAGCGCGAGAAAACGAAGCUGUGGACGACGUCGCGACGAUGGGCGCCAAAGAACUCGCUCCGACUCCUUUGAACGCCAAUUUAGCCUGGGGCUCUCCAUCAAGUGUAUAUGACGGCCAAGCGCCCUUCGGUGGGUUAAGAGGCAACAGCUGGGAGUACUGCGAGGACUGGUUCGCGGCUUUACCGGGCUACGAGACGCACCCCUUGUACGAGGACUUCUCCACGCCCUGCUUCGACGGGCAGCACGCCUUGAUACUGGGUGGGAGCUUCGCCUCGACGGGCAACGAGGCGUCCGUGUUCUCUCGCUUCCAUUUUAGGCCCCACUUCCACAACCUGCUGUCGUUUCGCGUUGUUAGUGGAGAGGAGCACCCCGAAUUAACCUCGCACGACGCCGCGAAGCCGUGGGCCGCGGGGUGGGUCCCGCCUACCUACAAAAAGCAGUCCGAGGAAGGGUCGCACAAGUACGAGAGUGCUGCCCAAUUGGCCGCUUAUCUCGACUUGCAUUAUGGUGGGAGGGGUGCCUUAGACGGGCCUGCUUCGUCUCUUCACAGUUUAUCAUUGGAGGACGCCUUGGACUUUCCCCAGCGGUGCGCCGCGAAGCUAGGUAGUGGUCGAAGAGCUUUAGAUGUGGGCUGCGCCGUCGGCGGGUCCUGCAAAGCCCUCGCGUCUUCAUUUGAUGAAGUCGUGGGUAUCGAUUACGCCCAGGGGUUCGUCGACGCGGCCAAUGCCCUCAAAACGAACGACCUCAACUACGCUAGAUCAGGUGAGGCGUCGCUCCCGGGUGCGCAGUGCCUCGCUCAUGCAUUCACACCAGCCGAAGCGGCGAAGCUCACGUUUCUCAAGGGCGACGCGUGUGCCUUACCUGCAUCUCUGGGCACCUUCGACGCCGUCCUCGCCGCCAAUUUAUUAUGUCGGUUACAGGAGCCGCUGGCGUUCAUUGACCGAUUGCCUUCUUUGGUAAACGCGGGCGGACGCGUCUUCUUCGCGUCACCGUUUUCCUGGAUGAGCGAGUACACUCCACCAGACAAGUGGCUGUCGCCUCAGCAGCUCGAGGAGCGGAUGCGCGAAAACGGCUUCGUCCUGGAAGCGGCGGCGCCGGAGGCGGUCGUCAUCCGGGACCACGCGCGCAAGUUCCAGUUCGUCGUCUCGCACGGCAUGCUCUUCCGCAAGAGCUAGUGUCCCGUCCUUUCCCCCAUCAUGUUGACGGACACGUUGCGCUGCGCAAGCGCGCUCUAAAGUUACUAUUAUGUUACACACCCAC